AUGAUAAGGUACCCUCGUUCUUUGAAAGUGCUACGAAACUUUCAAAGAUCUUAUAAAGUCUUAGCUAUAGAAACUUCCUGUGAUGAUACUUGUGUGGCCCUCAUAGACCGUCCAGAUGUCAAUAGUCCUCCAACUCUUGUAUCACAUCAACGAGAAUCACUUGCAUCAGUAAUAGAGGACGGAGGAAUCAUUCCUACAAAAGCCCAUGUACUUCACCAACAGCGUCUUGGGAAAUUAGUGAAAAAAACCAUAGAUGAGUUUGGUAAUCCCCAAAUAGAUCUUGUUUGUGCCACCCGCGGCCCCGGGAUGCCUGGAAGUUUGAGUGUGGGCUACGAGUUCGCCAAAGGAUUGAGUAUCGGAUGGAAUGUGCCUAUUGUUGGAGUUCACCACAUGUUGGGCCAUUUAUUAAUCCCACGGAUGAUUUCAAAUGGCCAGCUGCCUAGUUUCCCAUGUGUCAGUUUAUUGGCCAGUGGGGGACAUACGAUAUUGGUAUAUUCUGAAAGCGUGUUGAAGCACGAGAUCAUUGGUGAAACCAUUGACAUUGCUGCGGGUGAUGCCAUUGAUAAAUGUGCUAAGUAUAUUGGCAUCAGAGGCCAGAUGAUGGGGAAGGAACUUGAAAAGUUUGUAUUUGGUGAUGAUAAAGACACAAGCAUGCAUGAGAUGGUACAAAAUUAUACACAAUUGCUGAUGGACCCACAUUUAGCACCAGUCGAUCUACCAAACCCAUUGAAGGCGACUCCUAAAAGUGUCAAAGUGACAAAGUAUUCCUAUUCUCCGUUUAUCACGCAAAUGAAGAAUGCUAGUGAAAAGUAUUAUCAUGGAGACAUUCAAAAUGUCGCAGUGGACAUCAAGAAGAUACUCGGGUUCGAAAUUCAGGAUGCGAUUUUUGGCCACACAAUCUAUCGAACGAAAAUUGCCUUGAAUAACCACAAAGAAAAGAUUGCCAACGCCAAGGAUUUUGUGUGCUCCGGGGGUGUUGGAUCAAACAAGUUCUUACGGUACUUGCUCGCCACGGAACUCAAAAACCAGUUCCAGAGAUUCCAUUUCCCCGACCCAUCGCUAUGUACUGACAAUGCGGUGAUGAUCGGAUGGGCCGGAAUCGAAUUGUUUGAGAAAGAAGGGUUGACGACCGAUUUGGAAGGUAUUUCUCAGCGGAAAUGGCCAUUGAGCAACAUUUUGGACGGGGCUGAUUGCUGGGUGAAAAGCAAACAAAACAAACCUCCUAUUUGA